AUGCUGGAAAACAUCGCCAAAGCUGCGGGCUUCCUCUGCGGCAGCGUGGCUGGUCUCGCGAUGUACCGCGAGAGGGCCAAGAAGCAUGUGGUUCGCUCUUUCUGGACAACCGACUUCCAGCCCUCCUCUCAAUGGGACUUCAACUGGGACAGGCUGGAGCCUGAGUACUGCGUAAGGCCUCCGCUGGACUCAUCGGAAGGAGAGAGGCGUCGUUUUGAGGAAGACGUAGAGAAAGCGAAGUCGACCGCAACGCGCUAUCUCUACCUCAUUCGCCAUGGAGAUUUCAACUUGUACGAGCCCAACGACAGCGCACGCACGCUCACAGCGCUUGGACGCAGGCAGGCCAACCUGACCGGCCUGCGGCUCCAGCAGCUGGGCAUCCCUUUCUGCCAGCUCACCCACUCGACCAUGACGCGGGCAGUCGAAACAGCCGACAUCAUUCACCAGUACAUGCCACAUGUACCGGUGUUCCAGUGCGAACUGAUCCGGGAAGGUGAACCUACCCCUCCUGAGCCACCAUAUGGAAUUUGGAAGCCGCAGUCCAAGUUCCUGACCGAUGGCUCCCGCAUAGAGGCUAGCUUCCGCAAGUACUUCCACCGCGCUUUGCCUCACCAGAAGCAGGACUCCCACGAGAUCAUCGUCUGCCACGCCAACGUCAUCAGAUACUGCAUUUGCAGGGCUCUGCAGAUUCACCCUGAAGCCUGGUCCCGCAUGAGUCUGGCCAACUGCAGCAUCUCGGUGGUGAAGAUCGCGCCCACUGGACGGGUCACCCUGCGCGCCCUGGGCGACCAAGGUCACCUGCCAGUGGGGCUCAUCACGACAAGCUAGAGCCGUCCACGUCCCUCGCGUGCAUCGCCUCACCACCGGGCAGCCAUCUUCAUUUAUUAUUAUUAUAUUGCUUUCUAAGAUCGUGUUAACAUACAAAUAUUUAGAACGCAAUGUCAUUUUCACGAAUGUCCGCUCUUUCGCCCUCCGCUGACCGUAUCGUGCAUGAUACCUUAAUAAACUAUUUAGUGAUGCUCUAGUCUUGCAGAGAGAGGGACGGUUAAGCAGUAAUACUAAUGGUGACGACAAGGGCCGUUCAGUGAUGCGCAAGAUAACUCCGGAACUUCCCGUUGAAUGUAUUUAAUGAAUUAGUAACGUGCAGCGCAGAGUACAAAGGAAGGAAAGAGAGGCGAGACAGAGCGCUGAGGCAGGACACAUACUGUCUGUCCUUCUGUAGUUUGCGCUGCAGGUUACUACAGUACAGGGUGAACCAGCUAGUCCACAAGAAAACUUUACUGCAUAUAUACUAGUUAUCAUCGUAC